CGGGGUGGUACAAUGUGGCGCUGGACUUGCAGCUCUCACUGGGUGCAAGAGAUCGGGGGUUAGUCGGAGCAAAGUGAAUCAAAAUUAGUGCUAAAGUCAGUCUACCUCCCAGAGAGACCAUGAGAGUCCUCCUUUUACUCUGCAUGCCAGUUGUCCUCCUGGCCCAGCCCCCAUACCCAGAGCAGUACCCCUUCCUGGAGGACUAUGGCCCUGACUAUUUUCCAGACACUCCUGAACCUCUUGAUGCUACGUUUCAGCAGCAGGUUCAGCUGGACCCUGCAGUGCUUCAACAACAGUCAGAGUCCGAGCUGGAGACCGAGCCCACUGAGCCUGGCCCUCUCGAUUGCAGAGAGGAGCAGUACCCCUGCACCAGACUCUACUCCGUCCACAAACCGUGCAAGCAGUGUCUGAACAGCCUUUGCUUCUACAGUUUGCGACGGGUGUACGUCAUCAACAAGGAGGUUUGCGUAAGAACCGUGUGUGCACAUGAAGAGCUGCUCAGAGCGGACCUGUGCCGGGACCAGUUCUCCCGUUGCGGCGUGGUGGCGGUGAGCGGCCAGUGCAGCUCAGUAGGAAGCAGCUGUGGGAAGAGCUGCGGCGGUUGCUGAUCAGACAUGGGAGGACGCCCCAGUGGUGGGGUGGGAGGGGGGGGGGACUUGCCCAGAUACUGCCACAUCUCUACCACCCAGCCUUGCCCCCCUCUACCCACAUCCCCAACCGCCCCUCCGCCCAUCACCUCCAGUAGCCUCACCUGACCUUUCCUAUAACCCACAAUCCUCCUGUGAAAACACAACUUCUCUAUGUUGCUCUAGUUGACUUUGCGGUGGCAGAGCAGUAGAUCAUGUGUGUAUGGAUAAAUAUAAUCAAUGAUGACUGUAAAAUUCACUGGUGCUAUACAAUGAAUAUCACACUGGUGCUAAAAAAAAACGGAGCUAAACGAUUAGAGGUGCACAUAAAACUCAUGAAGAGAAAGUUUUAUACUUUUUUUGGCAUAUUGAAUUGUAUUAAUCUUUUUUUUUUUUGUUGCUGUGUUUGUGGUUAUUUUACUGUACUCAUUUGUUGAAAAGCAGACAUAGUCAUAACCAACUCAUCCAUGAUGGCCACUGCGCACUGAUGUCAAGACACAUAACCAGUACGUGGUCUCCAAUACGUGGCGGUCGGUAGUCUCACCGUUGGCCGAGAGGUAAAAGAUCCCGGAACACGCGUGGCGAGGUGUGUGGCGUGACCUCGGUUCAUGCACUGCUGCCUGUGCUUAAGUGUCAGAGCAGAAAUUUGUACACGUUCAUCUUCAAGUGGCAACAAGUGCUUAGAGAGGGCAUCUCCCAAAACGGCCUCUGUACUACUGCUUUGUAAAACUGACACUAUACAAAGACUGAGAAAAAGAAAUAAACUUUUUUACUACGACCUCACUGGUGGGAUGAAUUCAUGAAUAACCAAAGCCACACACCGACUGUUGUGCUAGAACUGCAGCCCCCAAAAAAGUCUUAUGAAAUGUAUUCAUGGGCAUCCGGGUGGCGUGGCAGUCUAUUCCGUUGCCUACCGACGUGGGGCUCGCCGGUUCGAAUCCCUGUGUUGCCUCCGGCUUGGUCGGGCGUCCCUACAGACGCCAUUGGCCAUUUCUGCGGGUGGGAAGUGGGUAUGUGUCCUGGUCGCUGCACUAGCGC